CCCUGGGCUGUGCGCAAGGGAGAGGCUGCUCCGUUCCGUUCCUCCAAGCCGGUGAGUGGAGUCAUGUCCUUUCGUAAGGUUGUGCGUCAGAGCAAAUUCCGCCACGUCUUUGGACAGCCUGUCAAGAAUGACCAGUGCUAUGACGACAUCCGGGUUUCACGAGUCACCUGGGACAGCACCUUUUGUGCUGUCAACCUCAAGUUUGUGGCAGUAAUUGUCGAGGCCAGUGGAGGGGGGGCCUUUAUGGUGCUCCCGCUGCAAAAGACAGGGCGCAUUGAUAAGUCUUACCCUACCGUGUGUGGGCACACUGGACCAGUUUUGGACAUUGAUUGGUGUCCACAUAAUGAUCAUAUCAUUGCCAGUGGUUCUGAGGAUUGCACUGUUAUGGUAUGGCAGAUCCCAGAGGGUGGCCUCACAGUGCCUCUGACCGAACCAGUGGUGGUUCUGGAAGGACACUCGAAACGUGUGGGCAUCAUCACGUGGCAUCCGACCGCUCGCAACAUCCUUCUGAGUGCAGGCUGUGAUAAUGUGGUUAUUGUGUGGAAUGUGGGCACUGCAGAAGAGCUUUACUACCUUGACAAUCUGCAUCCUGACAUCAUUUAUAAUGUCAGCUGGAACCGGGAUGGCAGUCUGUUCUGUUCAGCUUGUAAGGACAAAAGUGUGCGCAUCAUUGAUCCACGCCGUGGGCAAGUUGUAGCUGAAAGGGAGAAAGCGCAUGAGGGAGCACGCCCAAUGCGAGCCAUUUUCCUGGCCGAUGGGAAGAUCUUUACAACAGGCUUCAGCCGUAUGAGCGAAAGGCAGCUGGCUCUCUGGGACCCAGAAAACCUUGAAGAACCUAUGGCAUUGCAGGAACUAGACUCAAGCAAUGGGACCCUUCUGCCCUUCUACGAUCCUGACACCAACGUUAUCUACGUCUGUGGCAAAGGAGAUUCUAGCAUCCGGUAUUUUGAGAUUACAGCAGAAGCACCAUACAUUCACUUCCUGAACACAUUUACUAGCAAAGAACCACAACGUGGCAUGGGUUGGAUGCCCAAGCGGGGUCUGGAUGUCAACAAGUGUGAGAUUGCCAGAUUUUACAAACUCCAUGAGCGCAAGUGUGAACCCAUUAUUAUGACAGUGCCAAGGAAGUCAGAUCUGUUCCAAGAUGACUUGUACCCAGACACAGCUGGGCCAGAAGCUGCCAUGGAGGCAGAGGAAUGGGUGGCAGGGAAGACAGCACCCCCCAUCCUAAUCUCACUGCGUGAAGCCUAUGUACCCACCAAACAGCGGGAUUUCAAGGUCAACCGAAGAAGCUUGUUGCCUGAGGGUCGCCCGGCGGCUCCCUCCAACACUGGGCUGAGUGCCACACCCUCCAGUGCCAUGACUCCAUCCGCUGCCACAUCUGCCCUUGGUGUUACUGCUGCUAGCGGGGAAGGGAGGCAGCUUACUGAAGAGGUGUUGCGUGAAGUGGCAUCCCUGCGGGCGCUUGUGGCUGCACAGGGGGAGCGCAUUGCACGGCUAGAGUUGCAGUUGAGCCGCAUUGAGAAUGGUGAUUUCUAAUGGGCCUUGCGUGGGCCCCCCCAAGAGAACCUGACCAACGUGGAGGAUCUCACUUACUUCCCCUUCCUUUGACCUGCCAGUAAUCCCUUCACAUUGCCUCCUGCCCUGUGGGGUGAGACAGGGGCUUGCCCUCUCUUGCUGCUACUGGGAAUGUUUCUUGGGUUUUGUCUCGGACCAAAUCUCCUCUUCCUCUCAUUUCUGCACCCCAUAUUAUCCAAGGGGCCAUAUGCUAGUGCCCUAACCAUUGCUCCUUUGCCUUAUUCUGGUCAGGGGCCUAUUUCCUGUCCCAUUCCCAUGAAUGGGGCUGGCUUAGAUAUCACCCAGGGAGAUUGGGGCUGUCUGACAGCUUGGCCUGGCCUGCCUGUACCCUCCACUUGAGAAUAAGGCUGAGGUUUCCUUAUGAGUCUCUCGUGGCAAGUGUGUUUGUGCGCGUGGGGUGGGGUG